UUUUUUUUUUUGUUUUUUUAAAUUCACGCACGCAACCUGGGGGCUCACGACGCCAAUAUGCCAAGCGCCUCAUUUUCUGGGCGCGGCUAUGUCCGUCGAUCGCGAAGAAAAGGUGCAAAUAGGAUUCCAUUACCAUCAAGAGCUUCUGAUGAAGCAUACGAUUUGCCAUGCCCGGCAUCGAAUCAAAUUGCACUAGGAGGCGGUGGUGGCGGCGGAGGCAGUGGUGGAAGCAGCGGAGGCGGCGGUGGUAAUAGCAGCAGCAGCAGCAGCGGUGGUGUAAGUGGUGGAAGCGGAGGUCGAGGACCUUUUCCGAGUACUUCAGGGGUCGCAGCGCCUUCGUCGUCGCACUCCUCGCCAUAUGACCUCAGACGAAAAAGUCCCCCUCAUCCGGAUCCGGCACCCGGAACCAGCUCUGCAUUACCUCCAGCAGGCGGCAGCAGUUAUGCCGCCGCCAUAUUUGUCUCAUCCUCACUUCCGGCGAGAAAACGACCCCGACGAGCAUGUUCAUUAUCCAUCGAUGGCACAUAUACACACACGGCAGCCCAUUAUCUUCAAUAUGAAUUACCGGAUGAGGUUCUAUUAACAAUAUUCAAUUAUUUUAUGGAACAAGAUUUGUGUCGUGUGGCACAAGUAUGUAAACGAUUUCAAGUUAUUGCAAACGAUACUGAAUUAUGGAAAUCGCUUUAUCAACAAAUUUAUGAAUACGAUAUUCCACUAUUUAAUCCAGAACCAUGUAAAUUUGAAUUUAUUUCACCUGAUGAAUCGGAUUAUGCAAAUCCAUGGAAGGAAAGUUUUCGACAAUUAUAUCGUGGCGUACAUGUGAGGCCAGGCUAUCAAAAUAAUCAUCGAAGUAAAUUCAAAAAUCUUCCCUAUUUUAAUACAAUACAAAGUGCGAUUGAUUACGCUGAUGAAUAUCGAAGUAAUAGCAGUAGCAGUAGUUCAUCAUCAAGUAGCAGUAGUACAUCAAGUUCAACAAGUAGCAGUGCGGGCAAUAAUUGUUGUAAUAAUACACAAAAUAAUACAACUGGAAAUAAUAAUAAUACAACAACAACUAAUAAUACAACUAAUGGAAAUAAUAAUAGUAAUACAAAUGAUGAUACGUAUCAGCAUUUAGUAUUUUUACACGCGGGUACUUAUCGUGGUGAAUUUUUGGUUAUUGAUCAUGAUGUUGCAUUAGUUGGUUCAGCGUCAGGUAAUGUUGCUGAAUCAGUUAUAUUGGAACGUGAAAGCGAAUCAACGGUAAUGUUUAUUGAGGGUGCAAAGAAGGCAUAUGUUGGACAUCUUACAUUGAAAUUUACACCCGAUGUUGCUAGUACAGUGCCACAUCAUAAACAUUAUUGUCUUGAAGUUGGUGAGAAUUGCAGUCCAACAAUUGAUCAUUGUAUUAUUCGCAGUUCAAGUGUUGUUGGUGCGGCGGUUUGUGUCUCGGGCGUUGGUGCAAAUCCAAUAAUUAGAAAUUGCGAUAUCUCAGAUUGUGAAAAUGUUGGCCUUUAUGUCACUGAUUAUGCUCAAGGUACAUAUGAGGAUAAUGAAAUUUCACGUAAUGCACUAGCUGGUAUAUGGGUGAAGAAUUAUGCGAAUCCAAUAAUGCGACGUAAUCAUAUUCAUCAUGGCCGUGACGUUGGUAUAUUUACAUUUGACAAUGGUCUUGGUUAUUUUGAAUCAAAUGAUAUUCAUAAUAAUCGUAUUGCCGGUUUUGAAGUGAAAGCAGGAGCAAAUCCAACAGUUGUACAUUGUGAAAUACAUCAUGGACAAACCGGUGGUAUUUAUGUACAUGAAAAUGGAUUGGGUCAAUUUAUUGAUAAUAAAAUUCAUUCAAAUAAUUUUGCCGGCGUUUGGAUAACAUCAAAUUCAAAUCCAACAAUUCGACGUAAUGAAAUUUAUAAUGGACAUCAGGGAGGUGUUUAUAUAUUCGGCGAAGGAAGAGGUUUAAUAGAGCACAAUGACAUUUAUGGAAAUGCAUUGGCGGGCAUUCAAAUAAGAACAAAUUCAGAUCCAAUUGUGCGACACAAUAAAAUACAUCAUGGUCAACAUGGCGGUAUUUAUGUCCAUGAAAAAGGACAGGGAUUAAUUGAGGAGAAUGAAGUUUUUGCAAAUACAUUGGCCGGCGUUUGGAUUACGACAGGAUCAACGCCAAUUUUACGACGUAAUCGUAUACACAGCGGUAAACAGGUUGGCGUUUAUUUUUACGAUAAUGGCCAUGGAAAACUUGAGGAUAAUGAUAUUUUCAAUCAUCUUUAUUCGGGCGUUCAAAUCAGGACCGGAAGUAAUCCUGUGAUUAGAGGAAAUAAAAUUUGGGGUGGACAAAAUGGUGGUGUAUUGGUUUAUAAUAGUGGAUUAGGAUUGUUGGAACAAAAUGAAAUUUUCGACAAUGCAAUGGCUGGUGUUUGGAUAAAAACAGACAGUAAUCCAACAUUAAAGAGAAAUAAAAUUUUUGACGGUCGAGAUGGUGGGAUUUGUAUAUUUAAUGGUGGCAAAGGAAUGCUAGAAGAAAACGAUAUAUUUAGAAACGCACAGGCUGGCGUUCUUAUAUCGACACAAUCGCAUCCGGUGUUGAGAAGAAAUAGAAUUUUCGAUGGACUUGCGGCCGGAGUUGAAGUCACGAAUAAUGCGACUGCCACUUUAGAAUUUAAUCAUAUUUUCAAUAAUCGAUUUGGCGGCCUUUGUCUCGCAAGUGGCGUUCAACCUGCAAGGAGAGGUAACAAAAUAUUUAAUAAUCAAGAUGCAGUGGAAAAAGCGGUGGCCAACAGUCAAUGUCUUUAUAAAAUUUCCUCGUAUACCUCGUUUCCAAUGCACGAUUUUUAUCGAUGCAGAACUUGUAACACCACCGAUCGAAACGCAAUUUGCGUUAAUUGUAUAAAAGUUUGUCACGCCGGACACGAUGUAGAAUUUAUUCGCCACGAUCGAUUCUUUUGCGAUUGUGGAGCCGGCACAUUGAGUAAUCAGUGUCAACUUCAGGGCGAACCAACUCAGGACACUGACACUCUUUACGAUAGUGCAGCUCCAAUAGAAUCUCACACACUCAUGGUCAACUAGGAUCUAACAUAAAUUUUUAAAUUUAAAAACAAAAAAAAAACGAAUCAAUCAAAUUAUCACCACAUCCCCAUUUUCAUCCGUAAGUCCAUCAUUUUCUUUUUUAGUUCUCCAUUUUUUUUUUUGUUUUUGUUUUAUAAACACAUCAUAUUUUUUUUUCCAAUUAUUGUGUUUAUAAUUCCUAAAUAUAUACUUGCAGAGUUCUUUGUUAUCUAUUCUUUUUUUUUAUCGUUUAGACGAUAAAAAAAAGAAAAUUCUCUAGAACAAUUUUUUUUAAAUGUAUAAAUAUUUGUCUAUUUAUAAUUAUAAAUAUUAUAUCCCGCGUGAGAUAAAAGGAACAAUUUUUUUUUUAAUUCGAAAUAUUUUUCUCUUUUAAUUAAUUAAUUAAUUGAUUGAAUUAAUUAAUUCUCUCUUUUUGCAUUUACCGAAAUUAUCCGAAAAAAAUUGUAAUUUUUUUUCAGGGAGAAAUGGUAAAAAAAGAAUUUUAAUCAUUUUUGAAUUUUAUUUUUCGCCGUGUACGGAUUUUUUUUUUUUAUUUUUUAAAUUGUGUCUUUCUUUCUUUUUGUGGUUGGAAAUUGAUUUCUUUUUUUUUAUGUAAAUGAAAAAACUCGAGAAGAGGAAUUUUAUUUAUUUUUAUUUUUUUUAAUAGAGAUUUUUUAUCGUAAUGAUAAAAGAAUAUAAAAUUCUUGAGUUAAAAUGCACGAUCGAUUUUUUUUUUCUUUUUUUUUUUUUCUUUUAAUAAGAAUAUAGCAAGAAUCGUGAACGUUCUAUACUGAAAAAAAAACUAGUAAAAAUUUAAUGUAAUGAUUAAUAUCAUUACUUGUGUACAUAAUUUAUUCAUUUUACAAUAACGAUACUAUUAUUAUUAUGAUUAUAAUCUAGUAAUAAUAAUUAUUAUUAAUAAAGAGCUCUGCACUUAUGUCUCCCUUUCCCCUCAUCUCUCUCUCUCUCACGAUUUAAAUCCGAAAAUCACAUCCUUUUUUCUACUUCGAACUGUUUUUUAAAAAAAAAAAAACUAAAUUCAACCAUCAUAAUCGAGAGAAAGUUGCCGGGAGGAAAAGUGAAGUUUAAGUGUUUAAAAAAAAGAAAAGAAGAAACGUGUGACCACUCGAGAAGAAGAAGAAAUAAAUUUUGUGAAUAUAUACAGAGAAGAGGAAUAAAUUUUUUGUAAUUGUUUCGUGAAGAAGAGGAAGAAAUAAAUUUUUUGUGAAUGUUUGCGAGGAGAAGAAAAUUGUGUGAAUAUUCCGGAAGAGGAAGUAAAAAAAAAUUAUUUGAUGAAUGAGAAGAAAUAAAAAAAAAAAAAAAAAUUUGGUGAAUGAGAAGAAGAAAUAAAAAUUUGGUGAACUUUCGAGAAGAGAAAGGAAAAUUUUUUUUGAAUAUUUGAGAAGAGGAAAAAAAAUUUUUUUAAUGAAAUUUUUAAGAAAAAAAUUUUUUUUGAUUAAUUUUUUUAAUAAGAGAAAAAUACAAAAAAAAUUGCGAAUAAUUCGAGAAGAGGAAAAAAAAAAUUUGAUUAAAAUUUUUAAGAAGAGGAAAAUAGAAAAAAUUGUGAAUAAUUCGAGAAGAGAAAACAAAAGAAUUUGAUUAAAAUUUUUAAAAAGAGGAAAAUAAUUCAAAAAAAAAAAUAGAUGAUUAAGAAGAAGAAGAAGAAAGAAAAUUUAAUUUUUGCAAAAAAUAUUUCUACAAAGAAGAAGAUAUUUCUAAAAAAAAAAAAGAAUUUUCAAAUACAAACUAAUAUAAAGGGUAAAAAAAAAACCCUAAAAAUAGAAAAAAAAACUUUUUUACAAUUGUAAAUAAAUUCCCAAAUCAAAUGAAUUUUCCUUUCUCUUUGUCUUGAGGAGAAAAAAAAUAAAUUGUGAUAAGAAAAAAAAAAAAAAAAAGAAGAA